GCUGAAAAUCCCCUGGCUUUUCGCUUGUCAUCCUUCAGGUCUCGCCUAAGAUGACGGGUUAAUAGCCGAGUCCGAUCGGGUGUAAGCACAUGCCCGGCAUUUUCGCUUUUAAUUCCAUGAAUAUCCGCCCUCGAGGUAGCGAUUUGGAGAUUUGGAGGUUGGAGUACCAUCCGAUGGUUCGCCCGGCUAUCAAUAGGCUAUCGCUUAUCAAUCUAUGACCGUCUCCGGGGCGGGAUGCAAAAUGCUGAUCACCUCCGGCACAACGGAGCAAAGUUACGAGCGGCUUAUGGAAGGAGAUGUUUUACUCCGAACUACCUUAACCUCAAUGACAUACUGGUAGAUAGGCAAGCCAGAUUAAGAUUGCGAUGCGUAUCACAUGAAGGAGUACGACCGUUGCAGUAUUGGCAUUCGCAAGGCCUCCCUUUGCUGACGCGGACCGAAUUCGCGAUUCUGCGGGAUCGAGAAUAUGCCUCGUCGCGCCUCAUUAAACUCUCUGCAUCAUUUCGUAUCGAUCUCUUCCUCUUGGGGAAUCUCGGGGAAUUUGAGAUGACUCAAGGGGCUGUCGGUCAUUUGACAGCAUAAACCCGGGACUUUUCGAUGUGCAUCGCCCAGAGUGCCCUGAAAUGUCUAGAUUCCCGAUCUUAGUGGUCAUGAGACAGUUCUCAGUUUCCGCCAUGACACCUUUGCUUCGGAUAUACGAAGGAGCUUCUUUAUCUUUUUUGGCUGGCCAUGUCAACCUGUAACGAUGAAGCCAGCCAGGGCAGAACUGUUGAGGUCUAAGAGUCUAGACCACAUCCAUGGGUUUAUCGAUAAGAUCUGGAUAAGAUAAGAUACUCCACUCUUUUUUUUUUCUUGCGCAUUGCAUCGAGAAUCUAAUGGCCCAUGUGAACCCUCGAUAUCAACACCAACAUCGCAAUCAUGGCUGACGAUGGAAUGCUUUUGAAUUUUGACCUGGGCUCAGGUCCAAUUAAGCCCCAGGUCAAGUUUAAGGGUGGUCGAUGGCGUGACAGGAAGCAAGCAGAGAAGUCGGCAAGGAUAGCUUCCGGGAAAACACCACAAGCCAAACCUUCUGGAGACGGAUUCGAUGAGGGCAGGUCGUCAAAACGCCAAAGAACAGAUGAUGGAGGAGGGGAUCAAUCCUUCGACUACAAAGCAUCCAGCAGACAUGGUUCGCGACCGAAGAUCAGAGAUAACGAUGGCCACGGAGGCUCAGGCCAGCCUCGCAACCAACAGUCAGAUCGCAAAUCUAGACAAGUCAUCUCACGACUCUUCUCAUUCAAUCCCGCACAGACGACAGAGGAGGAGGAGAAGCAGGCAGAAUGGACGGCUCCCGAAGCAACCAAUGCGCCUUUAUCAGAUGUUGCGAACUUUGGCACACUGACGAUUUCUGCCCGACUUGUUGAUGAGCUUGGCAAGAUGAACCUGGAGCGACCCACGGCUAUUCAGAACAAGGUGAUUCCGCACAUGUUAACGAGCAGCUCUGAUGCCUUCGUGCAAGCCGAAACUGGUUCAGGAAAGACUCUGGCAUACCUCUUACCUAUCUUACAUCGUGUUCUACUUCUCAGCGAAAAGGGGAAGGCUCAGAUUCAUCGAGAUUCUGGCGCUUUUGCCAUCAUCGUUGCACCUACUCGCGAACUUGCAAAACAGGUUCACACAGUUCUAGAGAAGCUCAUCCGACCGUUCCCAUGGCUUGUAUCGACAGCAAUUACCGGAGGAGAAUCUAAGAAGGCGGAAAAGGCUCGCAUACGGAAGGGUGUCAAUUUUCUGGUUGCUACUCCUGGACGACUUGCUGAUCAUAUCGACAAUACAAAGGCGCUUAGCCUCAGCACAGUUCGAUGGUUGAUUCUCGAUGAAGGUGAUCGACUCAUGGAUCUGGGUUUCGAGGACGACUUGAAGAAGGUCAUCACGGCUAUCAAGGCAGUCGACGUAUCCAACAAACUAACCGAUGGAACACCACUCACGGCCCUUCCCGAACGAAGAGUCACGGUGCUGUGCUCAGCGACAAUGAAGAUGAACGUACAGAAGCUGGGAGAGAUGAGUUUGGCGGAUGCGACAUUCCUGGCAGCAAAGAAGGAGGAGAUGGAGCUUGAUGUGGAAAAGACGGAAAUGAAGGCGCCCGCACAGCUUCACCAGUACUACUCUGUUGUCCCGGCCAAGCUGCGACUCGUCACUCUCAUCUCGUAUCUCAAGGCGACAUUUUCUCGGCGUGGAAAGACCAUGAAGGCGAUUAUAUUCAUAUCAUGUGCCGACUCUGUCGACUUCCAUUACGAACUCUUGCGAGACCCCAACAAUAAUGAGGCACCUGUCGCAGGCUCUAAGGAUGCAGAGUCGGUUUCGAAGACAGUGGCAAAAGCAGCAUACAUCACUUCACCAGCAAGCCCCGAAGUUGUUCUACACAGGAUGCACGGAUCUUUGUCGCAGCCCAUUCGUACAGCUACAUUGCGAUCGUUCUCAGCUUGCAAGUCUCCCUCUCUUUUGAUCACCACCGAUGUUUCCUCGCGUGGUCUUGAUAUUCCGUCGGUCGAUCUGGUCAUCGAGUACGACCCUGCGUUCAGUUUCGCCGAUCAUAUCCAUCGUGUUGGUCGUACUGCUCGUGCUGGUCGACCCGGUGAUGCUUUAUUAUUCCUGCUACCCGGAACCGAAGAAGGAUAUAUCGAACUCCUAAAAGCGUCAACGCCACCAACACCGCAAUCCUACGACUCUAUUCUCCAGAAGGGAAUGAUGACGAAACUCGAAUUCCCGGUCGAGACGUCUGCGAAACCGGAGGAUGGACAGUCCUUCCACGACAAGGCGGAAGCCCUUCAGCUACAUAUCGAGCAACGUCUCCUAACGGACACCAAGCGACUAGAGCUUGCUCGAAACGGCUUCAAGUCCCACAUCAGGGCAUAUGCUACGCAUACCAAGGAGGAGAGAAAGCACUUUGACAUUUCAGAAUUACACUUGGGACACACGGCAAAGAGCUACGGUCUGAGAGAGGCACCUGGGGGCAUCGGCGCAGGUGUGGAGAGGAAGACUAAGAAGCGGACGAAUAAGGGUGUCGAGAAGAAUACAGAACAGGCAGCUGGAGAUGAGCGGCAAAACCAGAACAUUAUCAGGAAGAAGAGUAUGAUGCUGAUGAAUUCCGCGGCAGACGAGUUCAACAUUGGUUAGGUAGCGCAUUCCUUGGUUCAGUUGAGUUUUAUUAGAACAGCAUAAUUAAAAGCCGGGAAUGAUGGUCAUGCCCAUGUUGAUUUUUCCACAUCUUCCUAUGACAUUACACAUC